GGAAGCCCGGCGUCCACGCGUGAGGGAUGCUGGGAGAGCAGCCGAACCCAAGGGUGUGUACAGGCGCCUCCGACUUAAGGUGGAGCAACCCGGCUGUGGUCGCUGAGCGGCUAGUCUUGGAGCGGCGAUGCUAGCUAACCAGCCAGGCAGUGUCCUCCUUUUGAGCCCUCCUCUCUAGCCCGAGUUCCUGGCAGGCGGGGGGUGGGGUGGGAUGGGAGGGUGGGGAGUGGGGUGUGGCUUGGCCCGCGCGUGGACCGUCCUCUUUACGCUCUUGUCCCCGUACUGUGAUAAAAAAGGGAGCGCCGGCUCCUGGCCGCUUAAUCAGUUGGGGAAGACGAUUCUCGCGAUCCAGGCCUUGGAGCUCAUCUUCCAUAGGGAAUAGGGAAAGAGAAGUACAACGACUUGGAUGGUCAAAAUAAUGCACGUGGUUAGCCGGGCAUAGUGACGCACGCCUUCUUAAAUCCCAGCACUCGAGAGGCAGAAACUAGCAGACCUAUCUAAAAAGAAUAGCCACCAAAGUAAUACGGUUAUUCUCAAGAAAAUUGCAGAGAAGGAAGUGAAGAACACCCGUGGAAAAGCCACUCCCGCGAGAGGAGCAACGGAGGGGCGGCCAGCCGAGGCGUGUCUGAGAACCUUCUCCCGGAAGUUAUUAGCCCGGAGGCGGAACCGGAAGACCCGGGUACUGGUGCCACGUCCGUUGCUGUGCUGCGAAUUCCCUGAGUGGGACCCUGGAGGGCGCGAUGGCAGAUUGGACUCGAGCUCAGAGCUCUGGUGCUGUGGAGGACAUUCUGGACAGAGAGAACAAGCGGAUGGCUGACAGCCUGGCCUCCAAGGUGACCAGGCUUAAAUCGCUGGCUUUGGACAUCGACAGGGACACAGAGGACCAGAACCGUUACUUAGACGGCAUGGACUCAGAUUUCACAAGUGUGACUGGCCUACUCACGGGGAGUGUGAAGCGCUUCUCCACGAUGGCACGGUCUGGGCGAGACAACCGGAAGCUUCUGUGUGGUAUGGCUGUGGUCUUAAUCGUGGCCUUCUUCAUCCUCUCCUACCUCUUGUCGAGGACAAGGACGUGAGCCAGUGGGAGCCAAGGGCAGCCAGGCUCUUGUACACCUGGCAUCCUGGUUUCCUAAGGACCUGACUACAAAAAAAAAAAAAAAAAUCCCUUUGAAAUUAUCAUCAUGGGUCAUUCAUCUUCCUAAGUCAGGACGACUGCAGCUGCCUCUGUCAUAAUGAGCUCAUCUUGGCUUGUCCUGUGUAUGAAGGAAGAAGAAAAAGGCAAAAGCCAAUGCCACUCCCUGGUGCUAAAGACACUGGCAGAGCCAGAGCCAUGUUGUGUGAGAUCAAGCCAGGUCUAUGCAAAGCAUCUGUGAGUCCCAAAUGGGCCCACUGUGGCCAUCGGCCACACUCCUCAGAAGCCAGGAUCUUAAGGGCCUUCUGGAUUGCCCUAACCUGUUUAUGCCUGGUUUAAACCCGUGUCUGUGUCCUUGAAGAGUCUGAAACUGACACCAGAAGGGAAUAUGGCCGUGAGCCCUCUCCAGAUGAUGGUCAUUGGCUGAGGCUGCUGAUGAGGAGUGGACCUGGGCAGGCUGUACCCACCAGUCACUGGCAAGAGGCAAAGCCGUGGAUAGAGGAGUGGACUGCAGUCCAGAGGCACUGGACUAAGAUCCUUCUGGGCCACAAGGCCAGGUGUCCAGGAGCACAGGCACAGAUGUGUGUGUCCUUGGGAUUGAGAAUCUUAUCAGUGUCAAAGAUGUCUCCAUCCCCAGACAGACAGACAGAGAGCUGUACCAGGUGGCUUUUCAGAGCCAGGCCGUGCUGGGGUGCUCUCUCUGCUGGGGAUCCUUAUGGGGCCGGAGGCCACCUAGGAAAGCAUUUGUGUAGUGGGAGCUUUUGACCUUGUACUGAACCUUGCCCUACCCUGUACAGCCAGUCUCCCUCGGUGUGAGGGAGAUUGAGCCACCUCCUCGUUGCAUAACUCAACAGACUUGCCUGCUCUGCCGGCCCUCCCUGCUGCCUUGGCCAGCCCCAUUUGCACAUAAAUCGACCUGUGGGGCUGACAGGGCCAGCAGCUUAUGAGGACCUAGCACUUUGUGUCUUCACAUAAAAUAUCUUUAAGACGAGCUAUGAA